AUGGCUACCAGGCGCCCAGUUGACCCCUUCACGGGACACGACUCUCCUGGCCCAUAUCAUGGUCCAUAUCGAGCUCGUGCAGGCACCGUAAUGCAGCCUGUCCAGACAACUCAGCCGGGUCCUUCUGAGACGCCUCACCAACAGGGGCAGUUCCCGAGUCUAGGAGGUUUAUACGCCCAUCUUCCUUCUACGGGAGAAGCCCCGCGUGGAUAUUAUCCCUAUGACACUGCACAAACUCCAACUCCAACCCCUCGGAACCCUCGUCCUUUUAGCCAGCUACGAGCUGUACAUAGUCCACUCCCCGCCCCAGCUCCCCAGCAUCCGUUCCAUUAUGGGCCUCCAGGGCUUCUCUCUCCUGCAUUCUACCCCACUGAAGGCACCGUGGCUCCACAGCCUAUGAGAGCCGAAGUUCACGGGCAACCGGGAAACUCUGAGCAGAUCCCAGACCUGGACAAACCGUUUAGCACAGUUGCUAUGAGGGAGGAGAUGCCUAUUGGCAGUUCUGUGCAUACUCGUCAGGCACCGUGUUGGGGCGUUAUCAAGAUAUCAAACAUUCCUUAUUCGGUUACCAAAAGUGAGAUCGCGCAAUUUGUAGGACGCCCAGCGCGCCUUAUCAAAGGAUGUCCAAUCCAUAUUAUCAUGGAGCGCUCGACCGCGAAAACUAUGGACUGUUUCGUUGAAACUGAAACUCAGGAAGCAGCCCAGAGAACAGUUGACCGAAUUAACAGCAUCUAUGAGACUGGCCGAGCACCCAGGCUUGGUCUUCGCCGUGUAGACGUGGAGUACAGUAACCAGGAUGCGCUCUUGAAAGAUCUCUUUCCGAGAGCCAAGUGCAUCUCCUGGGAAGAGGGUAUGCCUCGCGAACUUCCAAACACUGAUCCGUACUCCACAGGUUUUUCUGGCUUCAUCACUAGUGAAGAGAUCGUGGGAGCUAUUCGUCAUGCUGAAAUUCCUCACCGUUAUCCAUGGUACGCUACAAGGUUGUACACGGUCGAUGAUCGCAAUCAGCUGUUUGAGCUGACAAAUAGGCACUUGAUAUCUCUUGCAUCCCGCAUUGACAGAACUCAAACCAUGGGCCUGGACCAAAAUCUGCUGCGAGAUCUCCUCUAUGCUGGAAUCAAUUGUCCGGCCUUCAAUGAACGUCAGAAAUAUACUCUGUGUGUCAAUUCUAACCUUGCACCAGAGAUCUCUAGGUUUCCAGAUAUCAGCAAGUGGUUUCCGUUCGACACUUUAGUGCAGCUGCCCGACUUCAACAAGGAUACCCUCUCGCCCACUCCAAACUAA